AUGGAUGUAGUGUUACCUAGAAACAAGGAGACGGGAUCUAUUCGGGGUUUUGCGUUGGUUAGGAUGAGCUCGGAAAAGGAGUUAUUUCAGGCAAUUCAAAGCCUUCAUGGCGAAAGCUUCAGGGGGCAAAAAGUGUUGGUCCAGCGGGCGAGAUUCGGCCCGGAACUCAAACGCAAACAUAUCGGUGCUUCAAAUCCAAAAUCGAAACCGAUUCAAGCUGCGCAGAGCUUCCCUUCAUCGAAAUAUCAGUCAGGAACAUCCUCCUUUAAAGAGGUGUUACUCAGAUCAUUAGGGGUAUCUAAUCCUGAUAGGGCAGCUACUCGCAAGGUUGAAAAUGGUAUAACGAAGGAGAGAGGAAGUAAAGAGGCGCAAUCAAUACAGGUGGAUGAUGUAUCAAUCCAGAUUAACCAGGACUCCUACAACAACUCCAAGGAGUUACGAGAUUCGGUGGUGGUCAUGACCAAAGAGGGAGCUUCCAUAUCUUCAGUAAUGAUUGCUCCUGGAUGA